AUGACUGCUGGCAUUGCAGAGAUUUCAGAGCCAUUUGCAACCGCGCACGCCCACGUUGCUCCAGGUGCGUCAAGUCUAAUAGACAAUGAUGGAUUUGGCACUGCAAAAAGGGUCUCCCAAGCCAGCUUUGUAAAUGCGACAUCAUGGGAUAUCCAGCUCCACCAUUAUCUACGGAUGAAUCAAGGACUUGGUAGCAAUGAGGGAUUUGCCCUUCAACUUGAUCUGCCAAUGGCUCUAUCAUGGCUCCCAAUCAACCUAGCUUAUGAGGAAAGGGAACUUCUUGAUCAUUUUAUAUGUACGGCGCCUUCGACACUGGUCAUUUUCGAACCUGACAAGAACGAAAUCUUGAGUCUUUUGGUGCGUCUCGCUCUUUCAGAUAGUUCGCCGUCUUCAAUGGCUGUGCUACAAUCGGCAUUGGCGCUCUCAUCGUUCCACCGGUAUGGUCUGCAAGCAGACGUCUUUCGGUUCAAAGCGCGUGCUCUCCGUACACUGAUCACGUCUUGCACUCCGUGUAUUGAAGUACCCACGGUGGUUCAACAUAUUGCGGCUAGUAUGAUACUGUGCCACCUUGAGAUGCUCGGAAUUCCAAAUACUGUGUCCCUGUGGUUCUGUCAUUUGAGCGAAGCUAAAUAUUUAAUCGACAACGCAGACGUUGACAGCCUACAUAUCCAACGCCAAUUUUCCGGACUUCUAGGCUGGGUAGAAUAUCAUAUGGUCAUGAGCCGUUUUAGCAUCCGACACUGGUAUAUGAAUGGAGAAUCUAUAAAGGAAUCAAAAAUUCCGUACCUGUGGACCAAGGUUAAAGAUGUAUCGUACUGCUCACAUGAAAUCCUUCGAUAUUUGUAUAUUCUGUUUGAAAUGAUUCGACCACCGACAGAUUUACUAUACCACAACGACGAAUACGAAAAUACCUUGCGUUGCCUCGAAAGCAGGAUAACUAAUAUUGUCCCGUCGGCAUCAGAAGCUAUAUCGGAUACCAUGAGCACGGCCUGGGUGGCUACGAUAGAGCUUUUCAAACUAGCUGCUCUAAUUUACCUCAAGAGAGCAUCGCGGAACUUUUCAGGAACCUCCCCUCAAAUUGACGCAAUGGUAGAGAGGGCGUAUGUACUUCUCGACAGCUUGGAGGCCUUCAACCCGGCCUUUCCACUGCUGAUUGUUGGAUGCGAGGCUCGGACAGAUGAACAGAGGAUGAAAGUUCUAGAGCAUAUCGAAAGAGCAAUGAAGACCUCGAGUUUGAGGGGCUUGCAUGGACUGCGAAACAUUCUCCAGCAGAUAUGGGUCCAGGACGACCUUGCUGUUGAUCAUGAGCUGGACUACUUGAAUAGAUUGGAUGCUGCGAUAACUUCCUAUCGGAUUAUGCCAAGUUUUGUUUGA